UGAAGACUCCCGGGAGCAGCUGGACUAACAAUUCUGGAUAGAGAUAAGUUCUCACAGCAGCCGAGCAUCCUCUCCUCUGUUUGGUGAAACGGGAACGUACAAUUAUGAACCCCAAAGACUCAUUGGAAGAGACAGAAGGAAGCUCUGUUCCAUUAUGCUUGUCCUGUGGCCAAAGGCAUUUUCCAGAAGAGAACCAUAUAUACACCUACACAGAAGAUGUAGACGAUGACCUUAUCUGCCAUAUUUGCUUGCAGCCUUUGCUUCGGCCUCUGGACACACCCUGCGGACACACGUACUGUGCAGUUUGCCUUACGGAUUUCCUCGUGGAAAAAGACUUCUGCCCCAUGGACCGCAAAGCCCUUGCUCUACAGAAGUGCCGGAAAUCAAGCAUCUUGGUGAAUAAGCUCUUGGAUAAGCUAAUGGUGAACUGUCCUUUCACGGAACACUGCUCAGAAAUUCUGCAACGCUGCAAUCUUGAAUAUCAUUUUCAGAACGGGUGCAAAGGAGCGUCUCAUUAUGGCUUCACCAAGGAGAGAAAGAGAUGCUCCCCAGCUGGAUCUGCUGAUCUGAAUGCUGCUUUAACAGUAUCUGCUCUGGGAUCGGAGUUCUCAGCUGCCGCCACAAUUGCCUUAAUGACAGACGAACCUGGGCUAAUCAAUCCUGCCUUCAAUGCCAACUUAGAGGACAUCCCGCCAGGAACCCACUCCACCAAUCAUUAUACAAGCCAGCAAUCUAGAACCACAGCUUUACAGUUUGAGCGUUCUACUGUACGAAGGAGGUCUUUUAAAAAGAUAAACAGAGCUCUCAAUGUCCUCCGAAGGACAAAAAGUGGCAGUGCUGUGGCUAACCAUGCUGAAUGGGAACGAGAAAACGUUGAAAAUCUGAUUGCUUCAGAGGCAG